GCACCUUUUUACUUUUGCUUUUACUUUUACUUUUCUGAAUUUUUGAAAUAUUAUUAUUGUUUAUUUAUACAGAAAAUAUACACGCCUGGUCAUACAAAAAAGAACCUUACCUUUGUCAUAAAAGACGGAAAGUACUGUCAAAUAGCGUCUUUUUUAUUUGACAACCAGCAAAUUCAACAACCAGCAUGUCGCGGCAACGCCGGCCUUCGCACGGGAACAGGGGCCAGCAUGAUAUGGGCAAUGUCAGCAGUGACGCGGAGCGCAAGGAGCAGGCACUUCGCAAAGCAGAAGGUAUAUCAAUUUUUUUAGUGCUCAGCAUUUAUUUCAAUUGAAAUUUCGAGAUGAGGGCAACUUGUGUCGCAAGGAACCAAAAAUUAAAAAGCACACACUUUUCUCAUCAACGCACUUAUAGACGCGCUGUGGCAGCUUCCGCGGGGCCUGGACGGGAUCAAGCGGAAUGACUUUAACCCGGUUGCCCUGGCCAUGCAGAUGAUGGAUACGAGCUCGCUGGGAAAGAGCUACGAUGAGUUCUGCUACUUUUACAACCUCCUGAACGAGUCCCUGGACGGCAUUGUCAACGAGUACUACGGCGGGUUCAACGAUUCCAUUCUGACGUUCAGCGGACUACAUGAUAAGAUCCAGGGCGCAUCUGGCUCGGUGAACCACGUCAAAAACAACCUGCAAAAGGUGCGCCGCAUGAUUCUAGAGGAGCGAGGCAGUCUCGACCAGCUUUACACGAAGAGCAACCAGCUGGGCGCCAUUGUGUCGAUACUCGACCGCUUUGAGGAGGUUAAGAAGUUCCCCGAAGAGCUGUCCGGGUAUGUGCGCGAGAAAAAGUUCCUCAUAGCAGCGAACAAACUCGUGCAAAACAUGCAGUUUGUGUUUGAUCCCGAGCUUAACCCGAUCGAGGCACUUUUGGGCCUGCGCCAUCAGCUAGAGAAAGAGAAGAGUGAGCUCCUCAAGAUGAUUAUUGACGAGCUCCAUAACCACAUAUACCUGAAGAGCCCGUACUGCGAGCGCAAAAUGGGGGUUGAGGGCGAGGAUGACGACGACGAGGUCCCUGAUAGCUCUUCUAGCGGGGGGAAUGUGGGUAUGAAGGCACAGGCUAACAAGCCCGGCGACGCAUCAGGCGCUCGGCCGAGAGUAAAGGGCUCACGGAAGAACAAGCGUGCUGCCACAGCAGCCGGCGCGGGAGACGACGAAAACCCCGAGACUGACUCCUUUGCGUACGUUGAGAUGUUGCUCGAGAGUCUUGCCGCCCUGGACAACACGAACGAGGCCAUGCAGGAGAUCAAGAGCUCUAUUAAUCUGGAGCUCUCGCGGCUGAUUGACAGCGUUUUGGGCGAGGUCGAGGAGCGCAACCGGGCGCUCAUCGUCAAGACCAGGGUGGCCGACCAGCAGGAUGACUUGCUGUCGCAGGACACUGAUCGCGAAGUUUUGUUUGAUUUUUCGCGCAUUAUGUUUGCGCGGCUGGAGACCGUUCUGGAGUACCAUGACUACUUGCUGGAUGUGGUUAACAAUAUGGACCGCCACGAUCGCCGUGCAGUCGCUGCGCCUGGCGGCUUUGUUACCGCGCGCGCCCAGAGUUCCCAGUCGUACUCUAUCGAAGACGUGUGGAGCGCGAUCAGGACAGAGAUCCUGGCGCUGCUCAACGACUAUCUCAUUCCGGAGGACAGGCAGCUUGGCGGCUCCAUGGAUGCUGCUCGGGGCGGCAGCGGCAUGAAGACGGGGAUCCGCGAUCUGUUCCACAUGGAUAAGAGCGCUGACAUCACCGACACUGUCGAGUCGCUGUACUUGCAGAUCGAGAGCCACUUCCAAGACUUGACCACAACAAUUCCCAAAAAGAAGAAGGAAACGGGCGCUCCCGCGGUCAUCGACGAGUAUGCAGACCAGCAGAACAGCAUGCGGCACAGGAUGCUGGUCGAGCCGAGUAUAGACCAUGCGCCGACUUUGCUCAACAUGGCGCUGUCGUUCACAAAGCGCGUCUCGGCGCUUGUAGACUCUGUGCCACAGGGGUCACUGCCGGCCAGCGCGUUGUCGCCCUCAGUCAGGCGCAGCGUCAUGCGCGACAUGGCGACCUCGCGGCCCACGUCGCCCAGCCAGCUGGCAUCUUCUUAUGAUGACGGGGACGCCGAUGCCGACGAGUACUUGCAGGUGUUCUUCAGAACGGUGUUUCUGCCGCGCGCCGAGGCCUACGCCAUGCAGCUGUUUGACGCCGUCACGUCAGCCAGCGACGCAUUCGACAUCGACCUCAACACGUACUUUAACGGGCGUCCGAUUUUCCGCAGCGCCGCAGCCAUCGUCCCGCUGCUACACAGCUUCGGAACGCUGCUCAACAACCUCAACUCGUUCAAAGGAGAUAACUGGGGCAUCUUGCUGCAGCUGGCCAACAAAUACUACGAAAAGUGUGGGGAGCUGUUCCGCGACACCGUGCGGUCGCCCGAGAACCAGGUAUACACGAGCGUCAAGUGGUCCGAGACUCCUGACCUGCAGCAGCUGUUUGGCCGCAAGCUCAAGCAAGCGAACGCCCGCAUUCGGGCGCCCGAGACCGGGGCCGACAUUGACCGGGAGAUUCGCCUGGAGGAAAGUCUCAAGACAGAGCGCUCCCUGCAUCUGAGCGAGCUUAUUUUCGAUCUCAAACGGCUGGUGUGCACGGCGCAAUUGCACCAGACGCUCGAGUGGCUUCUGGUCCAGCUCAACAAGGUUUCGGCGGACCGCGCGCACAUACUGAGCAGACAUGAUGGCGCGACAUCGGUGGCGUUGCUGAAGAAACACGAGGCGGACAAAUCCAAAAUUGUCGGCCGGUACACUGCGUUAUCCAUGCAAUGUCUCAUGGUGUUGCGCAUCGAAGUGCACGCGCACUGCACGUAUUAUCUUGAUUUGGCGACCCGCGAGGGCAGCUACUAUCUCGAGAGUGACGCUGUGGAGCCCGACCAGUAUAUCCAGGCGUUGAAUGCCGACGUAUCGGCGAUCGAAGACAAGAUGGAGAACUGCUUGCCGGCGGACAGACUGGCGCUUGUUUUUGGUGGUAUCUCCGUGUUGAUGGCGCACACACUGAUUGCUAACACGCGGUAUAUUCGCCAUUUCAACGCAGCGGGCAACCGCAAGAUGAUUCGCAAUAUUUUGGCGCUGCAGCAGAACCUCACAAAUAUUGCUUUGCCCGAGGAAAGCGGGCUGGACAAAGCGCGCAGGUUCUACGAGUUGUACGACAUGGGGGCGGACGGGAUCCUCAAGCAUAUUGCGGAGAACGGGGUAGGAUUUUCGUUUGAAAACUACCGUCGGCUUGUUGACUUUAUUUAUAUGGGCGGCAGCCAGGCGGGCGAGUCAUCGGCAGUGACAGGAACGGCAGCGGCGGGGCGUGUCAGUAGCCAGGCGGAGACCAAGCAGAACGAGGACUACGAUGUUUACAUUAACCGGUUGCGUGAUCUGCUUGCGCAGUCGCAGGGUGUCGGUAUGCCGACAGCGUCGCGCCCAGAAUCAGGUGUGCAGCACCCAACAUCGGCCCAAAAACACACGUUUGUUAAAGUUUGAGG